AUGAAAGCUGCAAUAGAAGGUCUAGAUCAAGGUCCCCAACAACCGACACAUCCAAUAAUCGAAACAAUUGACAUAAUAAAAGCCAUGAUAGAAGAUCCAGGUCAAGGUCCCCAAUGUCCGAUCGAGACAAUAGACGCUGUAAAAGAAAAUCCAGAUCAAGAUAUUGAGAAAUGGAUAGUAAGAGAGUUAAAAAAGACAUCCCGACUCUCUACACCAACCGCACCCCCUACACCAACCGCACCACUUACACCAAGUGACCAAUAUUAUUAUGGUAAUGCCGAUAAUUAUAUAAGCGAUGAAGGAGUUGAUACCAUUGGUACUACUGGUCUUUCGCAACCGUUAAAUAAUUGUGGUAUAAUAGACCUGGAGAAUGAAAUGAACAAUAUUCACCCCUCCAGCACCAACAAAACAAAUGCUAAUGCCACAACCAACGAUGCUGGAAAACAGAGACAGAAAGACAAUGAAAAUAAUCAGCAAAAACCAUCGGUUUCUCCUGAACUAUCUGGUGGUUAUCUCAGAAGGCUACGUGAGAAGUUGGAAGACAUGGACGAAGAUCAGUAUAAACUGUUUCAUGUAGAUGAUGAGGUACUUCAAAUUUUGUACGGCCUUGAUGAUAACUUAUGCUUGGAUUGCGCAAAAAAAUGGAGUAAAAUAUCUUGUCACGUAUCUAAGCAUACUAUGCCUGCAAUCGGGAAGGCUUUGGAGGGUAAUUUUAGGUUUAAGUUUAGUGAAUUAAAUGUCAAUGAUAAAAAUCUUGAAGAUCUUGCCCCUACAAUGCAUCUGGAUGAUUUUAAGAAUAACCUUGAAAAAAUAAUUAAGCGCAAAGACUACCAUUCAGAUGAAAUAUCCGAAACUGAUUAUGAACGAACACAAUCAGAACAUCAUUUGAAAGUUCGUCCCAAAAACAAGAAAAAAACAGAUAAUCAU